AUGGAGGCCGCGGGGGCUUCAGCAAAACCAGUGGAGGGCCCACAGCCACGGGCCAGCCCGUGUGGCAAUAACAUAUCAAGCUGGGACACCCACCCAACCUGUGUGGUGUGCCUCGGCUUGAAACACGCCCAAGCAUCCCUUGAGUCGGGGGAGGAGUGUAUUUGUGAAGGGAAAACUGUGAAUAGGUCUUGGAGCCCAAAAAAUGCAGUCCUUCCACAUAAAUUAUCUGGAGCUGCUAGCUGUUCAGCUAACAUUAAAACACUUCCCUCUCCUGGAAGGUCACCAUGUGUUGGUGAGAACAGACAACACCACUGUGGUGGCUUAUAUCAACAGGCAGGGGGGCCUGAGAUCACACUGGCCCACAAACUGAUCAUCUGGAGCAGCAGACACUUCCUGUCUCUGAGGGCCACUCAUGUUCCUGGAGUGCUGAACUGUGGAGCAGAUCUUCUCUCCAGGGGGAACCCUCUGUACGCAGAGUGGAAACYYCAYCCAGAUGUGGYCAGGCUGGUCUGGRAGAGGUUCGGACAGCCAUCAGUGGACCUCUCUGCCUCACAAGAGAACAAUCAGUGUCCCCUGUUCUUCUCCCUGCACAACCAGAAUGCACCACUGGGGGUGGACGCACUCGCCCACAGGUGGCCUCGGGUCCUGCUUUAUGCUUUUCCUCUCAUAGCUCUCAUCUCACCAACGUUAGCCAGAGUGAGGUCAGAGGGCCUGUCARUGAUUCUCAUUGCACCUCAUUGGUCAUCAAAACACUGGUUAGCAGAGAUAACUCAGCUUCUCUGGGAGGAGCCUUGGCCUCUGCCUG